ACCUUGUACGAAGUGGGAAGUAGUUGCCCUUGAUGCCUUUGCUCUAUAUCUAGAAUCAAUCUAGAAUCAAUAAAACCCCCAAGGGCAAUUUAUGAACGGGGUAUCGACUCCGUAACUGCCCCCGUAUCUGCCCCGUACGGACUGGGUCCCGUCGUUGCUCCUCCCGAAACUUACCGUUCUGUAUUGCGUAAGUGUAAUCACGCUCGCGUCUGGCAGACCUGCCUCAGGCGCACCAUUAUCGUCUCACGUGACCUGACACUUCCCCGAUCGUCUUGCCGAAGCCCGCGGAAAGUCACAGCGAUCGGCGGCUUUCGAGAACCGGUGAAAGUUCCACUGAUAACGCCCUCUUAGCCUCCUCCUCCUCCCCCAUGACACCCUCACCCCUCGUCGUCUCCCCGACCAUGAGGCUUUCUUCCGUCCUUACCACAUCCACCGCACACUUGGAGCCAUGAUCGAGCUCGGCCUAAGCCGUAUCACGCGGCUCGUCCAGCAGACGCCGCUGACCUGGAAGGCCAUCCACAUCGCCGGCACCAAUGGCAAAGGCUCGAUCAGUGCCUACCUGUCCCACCUGCUGUCCGCUGGAGGCGUGCGCUGCGGCCGUUUCACCUCCCCCCACCUGAUUGACCGAUGGGACUGCAUCACCAUCGGCGAGCAAGUCGUCCAAGAGUCGCUAUUCCGGCAGAUCGAGGCUCGAGUCAAGCUGCGCGACCAGACCCUGGGCAUCGGAGCCAGCGAGUUUGAGCUGCUGACGGCGACGGCCUUCGAAAUCUUCAACCAUGAGCGCGUCGAUGUCGGGGUGGUGGAGGUCGGCAUGGGCGGGCGGCUGGAUGCCACAAAUAUCUUGACCGAGGUCCUGGUCUCGGUCAUCGCGAAGAUCGGCCUGGACCACCAGUCCCUCCUCGGAGAUACCAUCGAGCAGAUUACCCGGGAAAAGGCGGGGAUCUUGAAGCCGGGAGUCCCGUGUGUGGUGGAUAGCACCAACUCGCCCGAGGCGAUCCGGACUCUCGAGGACCGCAUCAAGGAGCUCCAGAUCGAUGCGGUUUACACGCGCCCCGAUGCGCCGGAGAGCCAUUCGCCGUCGCUCGCCCGUCUCUUCGCUACGCUUGACCUACAACCCCACCAACGAGCGAACAUGUCCUGUGCGGUAUCGGCCCUGAAACUGGCCCUCGCUCAGUAUCGCCCGGAAGUUGAGGUCGAUGCGCUUAUCCCAAGACUGUGUGACGUGGAGUGGCCGGGGCGCCUGCAGAAGAUUGUCCUGCAGCCGUUGGCGGCUCGCGAAGAGCCUGUGCUGCUGGAUGGUGCGCAUAAUACUCAGUCGGCGGAAGUUCUGGGGCAGUACGUGGACCACAAACUGCGUCCCCACGGGACAAGCGUCACCUGGGUCAUCGCCGCGUCUCGUGGGAAGGAUAUCGCCUCUUUGUUCCACUCGAUAAUCAAGGCUGGCGACCGCGUGGCAGUGACGGCCUUUGGCGAUGUCGAUGGCAUGCCGUGGGUCAAAGCGACCGAUACCGAGGAAGUUGCUGCGUGUGUCAGUUCCAUCGCGGGGAUCGGACCAAUCCAGGGGUUUGGGGAGGAUAUCGUGGCUGCCAUCAACUGGGCCUGUCGGGAAGCGCAGGGCGAGCCGAUGGUGAUUGCUGGCAGUCUUUACCUGGUGUCGGACGUUCUACGACUUCUCCGCGGGGCACGGGAGCAAACAUGAGGCAGACAUCCUGUAGCCGACCGAGAGAUACCCUUUUUUCCAUCGCAGCAUUUUGGCGUAUCUGUAUAUGAGCGAGUGUUUCCUUGGUAAUUCCAUCCGGAAGUCUUUGUAUCCCUUCCUUGUCCUUCCAC